UAGCAGCUCCACAAGGAUCUGUCAUUCAACAACACAGAGCCGUCAGAUGGCAUCAUAGUGAACGCUAAACUCACUGACAGCUAUCCACAUGUAACGUUUUGAGCGAGCGUUUGCACUGACACAAAACAUUUUGUGAACAUCGUAACGAGUGCUUCUUAGGACUUCACGAUGACAGCUAAAACUUUGGAGAAAGCCCCUGUAACCAUUGGUGGCUUCGUGCACCCUCUUUCCGAAAGCAUCUACUCAGUGGACGAGAUUGGCACAUCACUGCCAGCAUCUGUGGCUAUAUUUCCAAACGGUGAUUUAGGAGGACAUUACGAGCAUAUAAACCCUGGAGAUGGCUUGAUUGGCGGGGAUAUGAGCACGGAGAAGCGCUCCCUCGACUUGACCUAUUCCAGCAGCUUCGCGCAACCAGCUGGCCCUCGCAACCAAACUUUCACCUACAUGGGAAAGUUUUCCAUCGACUCCCAGUACCCAGGAAACUGGAACCCAGAGGGCGUGAUCAACAUCGUGAGCGCGGGAAUCCUGGGCAUGACCCAGCCAUCCUCAGCAUCCUCGUCACCUGCCUCCUCAGUCUCCCCCAGCCACUUCUCCAGCACCCUCAGCUGCACCAUGGCGCAGAACCAGGCGGACAUGGAGCACAUCUACUCGCCCCCACCGCCCUACUCUGGAUGCGGGGAGGUGUAUCAAGACCCAUCUGCGUUCCUCUCCACCUCCACCUGCCCGAUCUCUUAUCCACCGCCGUCGUACUCGUCCCCAAAGCCAAGCACGGACUCCGGGCUGUUUCCCAUCAUCCCUGACUACGCCGGCUUUUUCCAGCCGCCGUGCCAGAGGGACAUGCAGUCGAUGCCCGACCGCAAACCGUUCUCGUGUCCGAUGGACUCGUUCAGAAUCCCGCCUCCGUUGACCCCCCUGAACACUAUCAGGAACUUUACACUGGGGGGACCGGUGUCUGACGGGCCCCGGCUACCCACAGCCUACAGCCCGCAGAACUUACCCCUCAGGCCCAUCCUGCGCCCGAGGAAAUACCCCAACAGACCCAGCAAGACCCCCGUGCACGAGCGGCCCUACCCCUGCCCGGCGGAGGGCUGCGACAGGCGCUUCUCCCGGUCCGACGAGCUCACCAGACACAUCCGCAUCCACACCGGCCACAAACCCUUCCAGUGUCGGAUAUGCAUGAGGAACUUUAGUCGCAGCGACCACCUGACGACCCAUAUCCGCACGCACACCGGCGAGAAGCCGUUCGCCUGCGACUUUUGCGGGAGAAAGUUCGCGCGAAGCGACGAAAGAAAGAGACACACCAAAAUCCACCUGCGACAGAAGGAGAGGAAAUCAUCCUCGUCGUCCUCCGGAGUGUCCAGCUCGGAGCGCGGCGUCGCCACUGGCAUCUGCUCGUCCAGUUCAAGCCAGUAGACUUUCAGCUGGACCGUACAAUAUCCAACACUAUGUAGGCAAUAUGAUGACAAUAAUAAUGCACCAUUCGUGAUAUAUGAAAACCGGGUGGGCUGAUGAAAGAGAAAUAAAACCACAGUGCCAAAUGGUAUAUGGACACAAUUAUGGUGCGCACUUUUGAAGGUGGUGCGAUAUGUUCGUUUUCUUUUUGCCUCCAAACGCACUUUGUUUGAAUAUUUUAGGCCUAUUAAUUUAAUUAAAAAAUAAAUAACCUUAAAUAGCACGUGGGAGACUCGUGUCUUAGGUAAAAGGAGAAAAGUGGAGUUGUUAACAGAGUUAAUUUAAACAGACUAAACUUUCAAACGUGUCACUAUUUUCUCCCAUAGUCGUGCCUUUCGUCCGUUCAUCUUGUACAUACACCCGGAGGCUUGAAAUAAAAUGUACAUUAUCCUUUAAUAUGAAAGUUUUUGAAGAUAUAUUUUUGUACAAACCGUUUCGUGUCAAAAAGUGUUGCAUUCGUGAUUAAAACAAGGAUCGUGUGUAUAUAGCUGAACUCAUAGCGACUUGACGUUUGUUCUGUGGUUUGUUCUGACUGAUGUAAAUGUAUUUGUUUUGAAGUGACUAAUGCAGGUCAAUAUAUAGGCUAAUGUCCUACUUUGUCCACAUGAAAAUAAUAAACCACACAUGGAUUGUGAA